AGGUAGCCCUAGCCCGUUUAUAGUUAAUUAUGGCAAAUUCGUAUGGUUUAUUUACUUAUUUUAUCCAAUUCAUACUUACAAGAGUGGUAUUAACAUAAAAUAAUUGGAUAUUUAUAUUACAAUCAUGGAAAACGUAAACUUUAGUGAGAAAGUAGAAAAUUAUUUCUCGGAAUUGGGUCGAUGGAAAGUGUGGCGCUGCAUCAUUUUGGGUCAACUAUUGUCUCUACUAUUGAGUGGUAAAUGUAUUCUUACCACACUCCUUCAAAGUGCUACUUGGCAAUUUCCUACUACUGGCCAGCUUAUUAUACCCUAUUUAAUACUUUUUAUUUUAUUCACACCAUCCCUAUUAUGCAUUGGACCUAAAAAAAUAUUACAAAAGUGGUGGCUAGUUCUUAUAGCUUGUGCUUUAGAUGUUGAAGCAAGUUGGCUUCUUGUUCUAUCACAGCGUUUCACGUCAGUACUUAGCUGACAACUGCUAGCAUGUAGUGGAGUAGGAGCUGCAUUGGUGGGUGGAGCAUGGAGGGGUCAAAGGUUGGGUGUGGCUCAUGUAGCGGGUGCUACUUUGGGCCUCAUGGCAGUUGUAUGUGUUGUAUGGGCUGAUGUUGAGGGUGCUCCUACUGAUGGUAAAAAUCAACUUGUUGGAGAUAUGCUCUGCUUAGGAGGUUCUCUCCUUUAUGCAGUAAUGACUGUGCUCCAAGAAAUCAUGCUCGAAUCACAUUCAUGUGCAGAGUACCUGGCUCUGCUUGGUUUUAUUGGUAGUGUUCUCUCUUGCACUCAAACAUUUUUCCUGGAGUUCGGAGAAGUAUUGACAUUCAACUGGUAUGAGCUUGAUACAAUUGUGCAGCUGGGAAGUUACUGUGGGGUGCAGACUGUAUUUCAGAUAUUGCAGAGUUUUAUGCUGCGUGAUUCUGGCUCUAUUAUACUGCAUCUAUCAUUUCUAUCGGCAGAUUAUUAUACUCUUAUUGCUGGAAUGUACAUAUUUCAAUUUAAGUUUCACGCGCUGUACUUCCUGUCGUAUCUGUUGGCCAUGGUGGGCGUGUUCCUGUUCAGUUCGCGAGCUACGUGUCCGCCGCCAGCGCCCAUACUUCCUCAACUCAUCCAUGAUUCUGUGCAGUCGCAGGAUAAUGUUUCCAUGGAGUUCACAGUGCCCACUCUGGACUGCAUUCCCCUCUCAGAGGGUCUUGAACCACCCAUGAGUAGAGAUACAACAUUUACAUCAUUCCUUGGAGGGCCACAGACAAACUUAUCUAAUGUUCCAAAUGGAAAUGUCACUUUUGGACACUCAAACGGUAUCAACAAUACCAAAGAACCAACUCAAAAUUAGCAAUGUUGUAUUUAUUGUCUUAUAGCUUCUUAAAAUUUGUAUUAUUAGUUAAGGAAUAAUUAAGUUCAUAUUUUAGGACCAAAGCAAGUAACCGCCUCAAACAUAUUGUUUUUUAAUAUUACAAUAUUAUUAUAUUCUAAAAUCAAAUUAUAAUUUCAAUAGUCCUAUUUAUUUACAGUUGAUUACGCUUAAUAGUUAUAAUAUAAUUAGCUAAAAUAUAUCUCAUUUAAAACAAGCAGGAAUUUGAAGUGUUAGUUCGCUAGAUUCAAUGUAUGUAUUUGUAAAUCUACCUACCUUGAAAUAUUAUUUUGAACAAAUUGAAUCUUAAGUCUUAGAUAAAUUUACAGUUCUGUUGUUAAAUUUUCAAGAAUGUAAUUCAUAUUUUGUGCUUAACAUUUGUUAUACAAAUAAUAAAUUAAAAGUAUCUUAAUAAAUCUAAAUAUUAGUAGCAUUUAAUUUAAAUGUUUGUAGAAGUAUAUAAUAAUAGUUAAUAUAAAAUUUAGCGCACAGUAAAACCUAUCGAAAAAAUAAUACCAUAUUGUUAUUGGAAUUAAAUUUUAACCCGCAAUAAACGAAUUGAAAAUUUAUAUAAACAUAAACUGCCAUAUACUCGAAUUUUUACUCAAUUUUAAUCAAUUAGAUUUAGUAAUGUUUGUAUGGAAUUUUAAUGUAGUUUCUACAUAGAUUUAAGUAAUAUUCUUAAAUAGUACAUGUAAUAUUUUCUUGUGGUAUUUAAAGUAGUGUCACUUUUUAAAACACUUAUGAUUGUUUUAAACAGCCAUGUUAAAAGCUGCAUUUACAUUUCUAUGAAAACUAUUUAAGUAUAAAAU